CAAGUACUCCGAAGUAGUACGAGCCGUGGCCUGUGAGAUAGCUGCUACCACGAUCGUACGAGCGCUUAAUAAAGAAUCGCUGGUUUCGCUGGUUAUAAAAUCCUUUGCCGUCGUUUCCCGAGAGAUGCAUCGACGCAUGGCGGGACCGCGUGCCGCUAGAAGUAGAGCACCCAGCAGUAUUGUGCUUCUCCUACUGCUACUCGGCUCGUUCCUGCUCGCCGCUCCCACUCCCACCGCAGCAAACGGCGCGCAGCGUGCCCUUUUUCGUUCCCAGGGAAUCGAAUCGAGUCGUUCCAUAGCGCGGACGAUAUGGAGGUCCGGAAGCGGCCUCCUGCGCGGCAAUUCGAACGGUCAAAGGAGCGGCACUGGCAGCACUAGCAGCCCUGGCAGCAGUAUCCAAUCGGCGCGCAGCACGGCGGCUGCUACUAGUAGCUCGGGCUGCCAGGCAUCGUCGCUGGACGGGUUCACCUCGUCCGUCGCGCUGGGCUCCAGCGGUCUCACCCUGCAUUGGCGCGCAGUGACCUCGUCGCAGCUCGCCUUCGCGCUGGAAGCGGCGGCCGGCAGCGCAGCCGCGGCCGGCUGGUUUUCUGUCGGCUGGUCGUCAACAGGCCGCAUGGCGGGGUCCGACGCCGUGGUCGGCAAUCUGGCAGGCGGCGGCGUGAAAGCGGUGUACAUGAGCGGCACGGGGCAGAGCGACGUUCAGCCUACAAGCAGCUUCGAUAUUGGCAACGCGCAGCUCGCCACGUCAGCCUCGGGAUCCACCGUCCUGAGGUUCAACCGCUCGUCGGGCGACGGGUCGGUGCCUGUGAGCGUGCAAGGCAGCAACAUGCUCGUGUGGGCCCACUCCAGCGACGGCUCGCAGUCGCUUGGCUUCCACGGCAGCUAUGAUGGAUGGCUUCAAGUGGACUUCUCUUGCUCCUCUGCCUCGUCCGGAGGGGGAGGCACUGGUGGUGGCACGGGCGGUGGUGGCGGUGGUGGUGACUAUGGGGGUGACUACAACGGAGGAAGCAGUGGGGGUGACUACAACGGAGGAAACAAUGGGGGUGACUACAACGGUGGUAAUGGCGGUGGUGACUAUAAUGGGGGAAAUGGUGGUGACUACAACUCUGGAGGUGGCAAUAACGGGGGAAACGGUGGCGACUAUGGUGGCAGCAGCGGUGGUAGCAGUGGAGGAGGAGGAGUAGGAGGUGGGGGGGGGACUGCAAGCGAGGUGGCGGACAGGGGGGCCCUAAUGGCGGACAGGGGGGUCCUGUUGGCGGACAGGGGGGAACUGGUGGCGGACAGGGGCGCCCUGGUGGCGGACAGGGGAGCCCUGGUGGCGGACAGGGGGGACCUGGGGGCGGUCAGGGGGGGGCUGGUGGCGGACAGGGGGGGCCUGGGGGUAACUAUGGUGGUGACUACAGUGGCGGUAAUAGCGGUGGUGACUAUAGUGGGGGCAACACAGGCGGCGACUACAGCAGUGGUGGUAGUGGGGGAGGAGCAGGUGCUGCCGCCAAUGUUGGUGAGGCUGAUGGUGCUGCUGGUGCUGCUGGUGCUGCUGGUGCUGCUGGUGCUGCUGGUGCUGGUGGUGGGGGUUGUGGGGGAGGACCAGUGCAGGGGGGCGGACAAGGGGGACCUGGGGGCGGACAGAGGGGACCUGGGGUCGGACAGGGAGGACCUGGGGGUGACUAUGGUGGGGGGAACAAUGGUGGGGGCUAUGGUGCUGGUGGUGACUAUAAUGGAGGGACCGGUGGGGACUACAGCACUGGUGGUGACUACAGCGGGGGAAACACGGGUGGAGACUAUGGAGGGAGUAAUGGUGGUGACUAUAAUGGAGGGAGCAACGGUGGUGACUACAGUGGAGGGAUGGACGGAGGAAAUCAGGGCGGUCCAUCUGGGGGAGGGAUGGGAGGUGGGGUGCGUGCAGAAGAGGCAGGUGUGGUGGGAGGGCGUGCAGGCAGGCAGGCAGGCAGGCAGGCAGGCAGGCAAGCAGGCUGGAAGCACUCUCAAGUAUCUCUCAGGCAGGCUGGAAGCACUCUCAAGUAUCUCUCUCAAGUAUCUCUCACAAGCGAUUCUCAAGUUGCAAGCCAAGUACAAGCGGCAGACAAAGCCGCGAGCAAGUGAAUGGAUGGGCUUUGAUUCACCUCAAGUUUCACUGCAUCUGCUCUUGAGGUGCAUCAAAGCCCAACCUAUGUCCCAUCACCCCCCAGCCCUUCUCAACGCAUCGUUCCAUGUGAUGCAGGGCUGAGAGAUUAUAUUUCUGAUUAUUUCUCUUGUUUCAGUUGAUGUAUAUCAUUGUCUAUUGUGAUAGAGGUAAC